AUGUCACGAAAUCACAUUCCAUUCGAUCAUUAUUUAACGUCAGAAGAUCCCAGUAGGGAAGUCCCGAAACGAUGGACAUAUCAAUCUAGUGUAUUAUUUUCUUUUACAAUUUUGACUACUAUUGGUUACGGGGAUGUUGUGCCUAAAACAAAAAGCGGUAAAAUCUUCACGAUGGUUUUUGGUGCCAUCGGGAUUCCACUUUUCCUCAUUACAAUUGCGGAUCUUGGUUCUUUCUCUAAGACGGGUAUUAUGACUAUAGUACAGGCACUUUAUAAAAAGGAAUUGAAAAAGCAAGGCGAGAUGAAGAUGUUACGGGAAAUUGGAGAGGUGUUCUUGGUGGCAAUGAUAUUCCUGAUAUUCAUCGCAGCCGGUUCGGCGAUAUUGCCGCUUUGGGAGAAUGAUCUCUCCUACUUCGACAGCGUCUACUUUUCUUAUAUGAGUCUAACAACGAUUGGGCUGGGCGAUAUUGUUCCGAAACGGUUGGACUUUUUGCUGCCGACGCUCGUCUACUUGACAAUUGGGUUGUGGUUGACGACAGCAUUGGUGGAGCAAUUGGCUGAUGUCUUUCGAUUAGUUCAUUAUGCUGGAAGGAAAGUGAAGAAUGUGAAAGGGAUUACUGUUUGGCUGGGUGGUCGUAGGUUAUCUAUGGGAAGUCUAAUCCAAACUGUUUGCCGAAGAGUUGGUAUGAGCGACCACUUGAUAGGCCAAAUAAACUGGGACAGAACGCUGGAUCAAGCAUUGGCCGGCCAUAUGCCACCUUCGAUCCCAAUUUUCCCGUGGCAUUUUGCCGACUUUGUCGAUCAUGACCCACCACUAAUCGAUUUGAGUAUAGAUUUUGAUCAGAUGGACGGCAAUUCAUUCCACCUCCCAUCCGCACCUAGUCGAAAAUCGAGAAGGACCUCACAGAUGAGUGCUCCAACAUAUAAUCCGAUCAUCACGGAUUCCGAGGACGAACUAUACCAAAACUACCAUGAUAAUAAGGGAGAAUACUAUCGUUUCCUAAGGCGAAUGCGGCACCAAAGC